AUGAUGCUCGUUUCUUCAGUCAGUUUUGUCACCAAUGCUACCACGAACAACAGUAAGAAGAGGUUAAGAAGGAGGAAUCGAGGACUCGCGUCUGUGGCCGCCGCCGGGGAAAAAAAUGACAGCAUUUCCACGUCAUCAGAAGAAGAAUUGUUCGAUUUCUUUUCCAUCUUGUCCUCUUCCAUCGAAACAAAGAUACGAAAAGAUUUCAACGAGUUGAUUCGAGAACCGAUACUGAGUGGGAAACCGGAGGAAUUAAGAGAUACCAUACCGGUGGAGAAGUUAGCGGACCAAGAUUCAAAGUUUUUGGAGGUGUAUUUAGAGAACGAAUCAGACGCAGAGAAAAGGAGGAUGGAGGAAGUGAAAGUGCAUUAUAAAGAGCAUUUGCCACCAAUAGGGAGCUUCCCGAGGAAUACUUUACUGAAACCGCAAAGCGCGAUUGUGUUUUUACACGGCGCGAAUGGGUCUACGUUUUCGUUUAGGAGAUUAUUACCGCUGGUGGCGGCUAGAGUAGGCGUACGCAGCAUAUCAAUCGACAGACCACCGUACGGGUUAACUUCGAGGCCGAUGAAAACGGGCGAAUUCGCGUAUUCCAAGCGAGGGCAGGCGAAAUUAAUGGUACAGUUUUUGGAGAAGUUGGAGGUGGAGAAUGUUAUUUUAGUCGGCCACUCUGCGGGCACGAACGUGGCGAUGGAGAUGGCGUUAAAAAUGAACGAGUUAAAGGGGAAGGAAAGUCGGUUGAACGUGGCGGGAAUGAUGUUCAUCUCGCCAGCGGUGUUUGUUCCGAAACCGCCGUCUUUGAACUCCUCGAGUACUACUAAUUCGUCGACGAAAGAGACCAUAUCGCCUUGGUCGAAACAAAGUAACAGCAUGUCUCCAGAACGCCUGGCGAAACUGUUUUGGUUUCGAACGUUGAUUAAUAAUGACGAUUAUGGUUUGAAUUUAGUGCGUUCGUUUACGCGGAGAAACGCGAAUCAAGUGCAAACUGGCGAAGGCUCCUAUGCCGCGUUAUCGACCCAAGCGAGAGAAGCGUAUACCCGUCCGUUAGCCGCAGAAAACUGGGACAAGGCUUUGCUGCAACAAUUUCGCGCCUCGAUAAACGGCGGCGGUGGUUUUGGCGACGACGCGUCGCUCGUGCUCGAAUGCGAAGCGUCUUUGGACGUAAACUUUGUGGACGUUUGCUGCGGUGAAAAAGAUGAAACGACGCCCAUCAACAAAGCCAGAGACUUACACGACACCCUGGAAAUGAUCUCGUUGUCCAGAAAGCAGCAGCAGCAACAACAACAACAACAACAACAACAGCGGUUGUCGAAUACCGAUAGUAAUAAUAAUAGUUCUAGCAUCGAGGCGGCGACGAGCGGUAGAAGUAGUCCUUCUCCCGCCUUUUCGGCUUUCCAAACGUCUUUCCGAGCGCUCGAAAACUCCGCGCACUUGCCCAUGGAAGAAAUCGGAGACAGUCGAGACGCGUUCGAAUCCUACGUCGUUCAAACGUUAGAGAGAAGAGUCGAGGAGAAUUUUGUCAUUCGAGUGUAG